GGCAGUUUCAAGUCUGUUUGAAGAGUGAUUUGUAAUCGAUGCAAAUUCUAUCGCGCACGAAUAUUGUGAGUAAAUUAUAUGUUGUUCUCUUUAUUUAGGCUACUAACUGAGGCAUCACAGGUUGUUACAUUAUCGAGAAGUUUCCUGCAGUGUUGAUUGGAGCUAUGUUUCAAGGUAAGUCGCCACGGUGUGUAGCUAAUACUGAUGCAUAAAAUGUCGGUCACAACAGUGGCGCACCUGGGUAAAGGGUGUGUGGGGGGGGGGCGAGAUACUCGGGCAGUGUCCUUCAAUUUGAUCAGAGCUAUGUUUCAAGGUAAGGCGUCAUGGUGGUGUCAAGGUGGUGUCAUGGUGGUGUCACGGUGGUGUCAUGGUGGUCUCAUGGUGGUGUCAUGGUGGUGUGUAGCUACCUCUCAUACUCAUACAGAUGAGUAAGCGUGUCGUUAGACCAGUGGCCUACCUAGGGAGUGAGCGAAGAGGGUGGGGGUGUGGGGGGGACUGCCUGGGGCAUCACUUUUGUUCAUGUUUAUUAUCAUUAUUAUUAUUAUUAUAACAGUGAUCUUAUGUAGCGCGGUACCCCAGCCCAGGACUGGGCUCACCGCGCUUCACAUAAACAUAUUGGCACAAAUAAAGAUGAAAUUAAAAGUUACAUACAUUUAUUUUACUUUUUUUUGUUUUUGAAAAAACAGCUUUAUAAAAAAAAAAUAUUCCCUCCCCCCUCCCACCCCAGAACUCUUUACAUGUCAAGUCAUGGGCGGCACCCAGCAGCAUCGUUUAUCGGUCAGAGGGAAAAGUGGGGGAGCAGUCGGGAUAGUACAGUUUGGGGGUGAAAUUUUUGCCCGUGGUGGCAUUUAUUCAAGGUAUGCCGACUGGGUCAACGGUUUUAAAGUGACCUCAUAACUUUUCAAUUAAUGUAACUGAUCCUAUUCGGUAACGGCGGUAUGUCUAGUUAUACAUUUUUUUCGGAGCAACCGAAUAGUGUAAAAAAAAAAUAAUAAUAAAAAAGUCACAUCACAGCUUCCAUGCAAUGAGAAGUCACGCGUCAUUGUGACGCAGACGUGAUUGUGAAUACCGGUACAGCCGACUGUACGUGGAUCUAUAUGGGUUAAACAAAGAGGAUGUGUACUGUACGUCUGUACAUCCAUUAUUAUAAAACAGGACAGCUGGAACGGAUUGGUUGGCCUGCAUGGUACAUAUUCUAGUUCCUUGGAGUAUGUUUCAGUGAAUACAAUAAAAGUAAUAAAAGCCAAAAAAAAAAAUAUAUAUAUAGUUUAGGACUUUUAACACAUUUGGCUGCAUGGUGUAUACUUAAUUCGCAGUUUUUGUUGGGUUUUUUAAAGCUUAAACAGUGAUUUAAUCACAUCUUAUCGUCACCAUAAACAAUAUGAAUAAUCAACUGAGGGAUUUUAUUUCUUCUUCUUUUUUUCUCAUAGGCUGUUGAUUACAGUAUUUCAACAUUUUAUAGUUUAAAAAAAAAGGGUUCUGAACGGAUGUGUGAUUUGUGAUCAGAAUGGGUAAGUGAUCAGAAUGGGUAAGUGAUCAGAAUGGGUAAGUGAUCAGAAUGGGUAAGUGAUCAGAAUGGGUAAGUGAUCAGAAUGGGUAAGUGAUCAGAAUGCGUAAGUGAUCAGAAUGGGUAAGUGAUCAGAAUGGGUAAGUGAUCAGAAUGGGUAAGUGAUCAGAAUGGGUAAGGAAACGAUACCAUAUGCCUAGUUGGAUAGUUAUUUUUAUAUUUUUUUCACCAACGAGUAAUAUAAAUGUUAGAGCUCGUUUGCAUAUGUGUGAUAAAUUAAUCUAGGUCAAGGGUUCUAAAAACAUUUUUUUUUUCUAAUGCACCUUAAAAUUCUGGAAAUGGAUGUGCAUUUUGCAUAAAUUGUGAGAUCAAAUUAAAUAAGCAGCAUUGAAAUGGUUAAAGAAGAAGUAGUAGGCCUAUCAGUGAAUUUUCACGUUUUAUAUUUGCAAACUUUUUACAAAAAUAAGGAGUUAGAGGAAAAUAUAGUUUGAAAAAAAAUCCAACGACCUAAACGUAUGUCGUCAACAUGAUUUAUAAUUUGAUCAAAUAAAGUGCAUUAUUCUGUCUCCAGAAAACACAGCUUUUCAAAAUAAUGAGGCCACACACAGAGAUCAGAGUGUCCCAGGUGAUUUAAUAAAUAUUGAACAUACGUGCGUUAAUUCUAUUCAUUUUUUAAACUUCAUAGAUUUUGAAAACACACAGCAAAGACGUGCUUUGUUUGGCUCGCCAUGUCGAUCGUCUACCAACAGCAUAGCCGUGCUUUGUUUGGCUCGCCAUGUCGAUCGUCUACCAACAGCAUAGACGUGCUUUGUUUGGCUCGCCAUGUUGAUAGUCUACCAACAGCAUAGACGUGCUUUGUUUGGCUCGCCAUGUCGAUCGUCUACCAACAGCAUAGACGUGCUUUGUUUGGCUCGCCAUGUUGAUCGUCUACCAACAGCAUAGACGUGCUUUGUUUGGCUCGCCAUGUUGAUAGUCUACCAACAGCAUAGACAUGCUUUGUUUGGCUCACCAUGUCGAUCGUCUACCAACAGCAUAGACGUGCUUUGUUUGGCUCGCCAUGUUGAUAGUCUACCAACAGCAUAGACGUGCUUUGUUUGGCUCGCCAUGUUGAUAGUCUACCAACAGCAUAGACGUGCUUUGUUUGGCUCGCCAUGUUGAUAGUCUACCAACAGCAUAGACGUGCUUUGUUUGGCUCGCCAUGUUGAUAGUCUACCAACAGCAUAGACGUGCUUUGUUUGGCUCGCCAUGUUGAUAGUCUACCAACAGCAUAGACGUGCUUUGUUUGGUGUCGCCAUGUCGAUAGUCUACCAACAGCAUAGACAUGCUUUGUUUGGGUCACCAUGUUAAUGUGUCUUCAUGGGCGUAUGUCGGGACGCCUAGGCAGACACAAUUUUUGCCUUUACCAGCGGCGUACCUAGGGUUGCGAUGACGCCCCUCCCUCCAACAAUGGCGUAACAAAUGGGAGAGGGGGGCAGAGGGUUCAUAUUAUGUCCCCGAACGCCUGACUAGUUAGUAGCUCCGAAAUGGGCACUGAUAGUAUGUUAUUGCACUAUGAGGCUUAUGUUACCUCAGGUGAGCGAGCUUAAGGUUUUUACCUCAGGUGUGCGAGCUUAAGAUUGUUACCUGAGGUGUGUAAGCUUAAGGUUUUUACCUCGGUUGUGUGAGCUUAAGGUUGUUACAUCAGGUGUGCGAGCUUAAAGUUGUUACCUCAAGUGUGUGAGAUUUUGUUGUUACGUCAGGUCUGUGAGCUUAGGGUGGCUACCUCAGAUGUUUGAGCUUUUGUUCUUAAACCAGAUAUGUGAGCUUAAUUAAGGGUGUUGACCUCAACUCUGAAAAGGCUCGCCACACUACGUUGAUUUUCAUGGCAUGACGCGUGGGGCUUCACGCCUUCUUCUACCACAGAAGAGUGAUACAUUAAUGUGACUUGUGUUUAUUUGUGUCGUAUCCACUAUGUUUAAAGCCCGGAACCUCAAAAUAUAAAUGAAUAUAAUUUUUUUUCCCAUUAAUGCUUUUAACCUUUCAGGACAAAAUAGCAUUGCAACAGAAGAAACAGAAAAACCUAAUGGAACUCAACACGGGACCGUGGAGGCGGCUUUUGAAAUUGCCAUCGAAGCCGCCGACAAUUCGGAUUGGACGCCUGAAGUGGUAAGUCAAUAAUUUUAAUCAGUUAAAAUCAAAACACAAUGAUUUUUAUUUCCCUUUUCAUUCAUUCAAAAAGAAAAAUAAAUUUUAUACACAAGUUUCUUAUGUAGAGAACAUUUUGCUGACAAGCUUUCUUCUAAAAUUUAAAAAAAAAAAUUAAAAAAUGGACCUUCAAAUUGUUUCGUUCACUUGAAUUUGGCAAUGCUUUAUUUUUAUAGUUUCUUUCUUUUUUUUUUAAAUAUCUAUAAAAUAUAUAUAUCACAAGACACAACAUCAUCAGAUCACACGACACAACAUCGUCAGGUCACAAGACACAACAUCAUCAGAUCACACGACACAACAGAAUCAGAUCACAAGACACAACAUCAUCAGAUCACACGACACAACAGAAUCAGAUCACAAGACACAACAUCAUCAGAUCACACGACACAACAUCAUCAGAUCACAAGACACAACAGAAUCAGAUCACAAGACACAACAGAAUCAGAUCACACGACACAACAUCAUCAGAUCCCAAGACUAUUAUUUCACUACAUAAUUAUUGAAAUCCAUUUUCUAAUAAUAAAAUAUAAGUUACUAAGUUGUAUACGGUUUCCUUCGGUAGUGCAAGUGGCGCAGGAAGUGCGUGCGGAAUAGGCGGGUCCGCCCCGUCUGGCACUUCUUUUUCUCCUUUUUUCAUAUUGCGAAGUUAUAUUUCCCGCCAACUACAGGUUUUUUUUCGCCAUGAAAAGGGGCUACAAAAAGCUUGGCCCGGGUGGCACCAACGAUGGCUACGCCCCUCCUUGAGGAGCAGAAAGAUUUAGUUUGUAGUGGACUGGUAUGGACGAUUUGUACUAUAAGGGGCGCCAUAACAGGGGCGCCAUGUUUUGCCAAGCGGAAGCGUAAAUAAGUGCGAUCAAGCAACAGAGGCGUAGCUGGAGUUUUUAGCGCCUGAGGACAAGAUUUAUUUUAUAGAGCCUCCCCUUUCUUUUUUUCAACUCUCCAACCCAGUAUUUUCAUCAAUAAAAAAUAAUAUCAAAUCAAAUUUUGGCGCCCCUAAAUAGUCUGGCGCCCGGGGUCAUCUGUCCCUCCCCCCAUAGCUACGUCUCUGCCACGCAAAGCUCCUUUUUACAUUAUUUCUGUUCCAGGGUGUCACGGUAUAAUGUCGCAGCCUAUUCGAUCUUUGGUUCCUCGAGCACUAAACAGAAGAAGGAGGCUUUUACGCAGCCAAAUAAAACCAAACUCGAUGGUUUUAGGUGGGGUGCGGAGUGGGGUGUCCGCCCCGGGUGGCACUUUUUUGCUUUAUAUCGAGGUCGGCAUUUUCAGCCAACUGCAGAGUUUUCUUUAGGAAACGGGGGAACGGGCGGCAAAAGUUUUAGGCAGCCCCAGGGGAGGGUGGGGCACUAACCCUGGCUACACCACAUUUUUAAAGCAGGCCACAUUGUACGACAGCUUCUAAAAUCCUGUUCCAGGGCCCUCUAGGAUUGCCCGCCGAGCUCUAUAGAAGGGCCGUUUAGGAUUGCCCGCCUUGCACUAUGGAUAUGGCCCUUUAGGACUGCCCACCUUGCUCUUUGGAUAUGGUCUUUUUGGAUUGCCUGCUUUGCUCUAUGGAUAUGUCCCUUUAGGACUGCCCACCUUGCUCUUUGGAUAUGGUCUUUUUGGAUGGCCUGCCUUGCUCUAUGGAUUGGGCCUCUUAAGGACUGCCCGCCUAGCUCUAUGGCUAAUCACGUUGCGAUUAAUCAGUAUGUAAUAAUAUGCCUUCUAUCAUUUAUAGAAUGUCAAGUGUGGGUUCAUGAAAGGAAUCCUCAGUGAUCUUAGGAGACGAAUACCUCAUUACUGGUCAGAUUACAAAGACGGUAAGUGACUUGAGCAUUGUAAUAUGGACACUAGAAAACAAAGGGCCGGGGCGAAGAAGCCAGGGGGUAUAAGGAUUUAACACACCUGAUAUGUGUAUAGCAUAAACACAACGAGGCAGAUUGCAAAUCAGCCAUGUGCUGUGUCCAGCUACUACCCAUUCUUAACUAUUAUACUUACUUCCUUACAACUGCCAGACCAUCUACACAAAUUUUCCAUUCAUCUUGGUUCCGUGUUUUGCUUUCCAGUUGCUUCCAGGUGUAUCCCAUUGAAUGUCUGCCUCUAGCUCGCGCCUCCAUGUAUCCCAUACUUUGUGUGUUUGCCACUUGCUCGCGUCUCCAUGUACCGGUAUCCAAUACUUUGUGGGUCUGCCUCUAGCGCGCGUCUCCAUGUAUUCUUUGGUCUUCCUCUCUUCUUUUUAUCUCCGUGACUUUAAGAAUUGUCUGGGGCAGGGCCGGCCUUAGGCCACUGCAACCUAUGCGGCCGCAGUGGGCCCCACACUUUUUUUUCUAGUACAAAAUCUUAAUUUUCACUUAUUAUCCUUAUCCCCACACAGACUGGGCCCCGCGCAAUCCGUUUCGCAUAGGGCCCCGCAAUUGUUAGGGCCAGCCCUGGUCUGGGGAGGGUAUCGAUAAGUUAACGAAGAGACAAAAUCUCAAAUCGUCUUAGAGAAAAAUCUCUCUACAUCUUUAAUCAUCCAAUUCGAAUCAGGGGAAACAAUUUUAAGGUUAAAUUCUAUUUUUUUAAAUGCAUGGUUGUUUCCCAUUUUAAAGGCCUUAUUAAAAAAACAACAACAAUAAAACAUUUUUUUUUUCCUUCAAUAUUUUUAUAUUUCAGGUGUAGGUGACAGAAAAUCAAUUCAGAAGACUAUUUCCUGCUCGUUUUUCUUAUACUUUGCAUGCAUUCUCCCCUGCAUUGCUUUUGGGGUGCUAAAUUCUGACAAUACUAGAGGAGUUCUGAGUGAGUAUCUUUGUGUAUAACAAAAAGUAAAUCAAAUUUAAUAGGCAAUGAACCUAAUGAGUAAAUUUCUGAGGGAAAACAAUCAGUUACUUUUGAUGUGUUAGAUUAAACAUAGGGAAACACAUAGUUAUAGAUUAAAGAUAAGGAGCAACAUGGAUUAAAGAUAAGGAGCAACAUAGAUUAAAGAUAAGGAGCAACAUAGUUUAAAGAUAAGGAGCAACAUAGAUUAAAGAUAAGGAGCAACAUAGAUUAAAGAUAAGGAGCAACAUAGAUUAAAAAUAAGGAGCAACCUAUAUUAAAGAUAAGGAGCAACAUAGAUUAAAAAUAAGGAGCAACAUAGAUUAAAGAUAAGGAGCAACAUAGAUUAAAGAUAAGGACCAUCAUAGAUUAAAAAUAAGGAGCAACCUAUAUUAAAGAUAAGGAGCAACAUAGAUUAAAGAUAAGGAAUAACAUAGAUUAAAGAAAAGGAGCAAAAUAGAUUAAAGAUAUGGAGCAACAUAGAUUAAAAAUAAGGAGCAACAUAGAUUAAAGAUAAGGAGCAACAUAGAUUAAAGAUAAGGAGCAACAUGGAUUAAAGAUAAGGAGCAACAUAAAUUUAUUUGAAUGAUAGCCUAAUGAAUUCGUGGACACAUGUCUGAUUUAAGUUUAAAUUUAAAGCUAAAUAAAUUCCAUGACAGCAUGGUGUUAAAUUGAUUGAUACAAAUGUAAAGAUAAGUAAUGUAAUUUAUUACAAAAAAAUGACUAAAUCCUAGUUUUCUGCAUGUUUAUUUUUCAAAGUUCAAACCCUAUAUUUGUUUCCAGCUGUUGAGAAAGUCAUCUACUCUCAAGUGUUUGGUAGUCUUGUGUUUGCUGUAUUUUUAUUAUCAAAGUUCACGCAGUAUAUUUUUUGUUUCCAGCUGUUGAGAAAGUCAUCUACUCUCAAGUGUUUGGGGGUCUUGCGUUUGCUGUAUUUUUAUUAUCAAAGUUCACGCAGUAUAUUUUUUUGUUUCCAGCUGUUGAGAAAGUCAUCUACUCUCAAGUGUUUGGUGGUCUUGUGUUUGCUGUAUUUGGUGGGACACCACAUAUUGUUUUAUUGACAACUGCACCUCUUGCUCUUUAUACUAACAGUGAGUUUUAAGUAUGGUGUAUUCCCUAAUUAUUAUUUAUACAAAUAUUCAAUGGCAGAUUGACGUAAACAGAUGCUUUGAUUAAUUUUUUUUUAAAGCACAUUGAACGUAACAAACAGGAAAAAAAUUAACACAUUUAUAUAUGAUGUAAAAAAAUUAUUGUCUUCAAUUAACAUUAGAUUAAUUUAAUAUAAACAAUUUGCAUAAAUAAAACAAUAUAUGUUCAGCUUUAAUGAUGAUUUUAUGAAAUACAAAAGUAAACGUUUUGGCAAAUGCCUUCAUCAGUACAAAAAAACAAAACAUUUAAAUAAGUAUAUUUUUAACAAAUAACAGAAGACUUUAAUAUGUGUUAAUAUUUUUUCUCUCUGCAGUUAUAUUUAGUCUCAGUGUUGAAUAUGAGCUGAAUUUUCAAGCUUUUUUUGGCUGUAUUGGUCUUUUUAACUGCAUGUUUUUAGUUAUCUUCUCCAUACUGGAUCUCAGUAAACUAAUGCAGUUUUCUAGAAGGUAUAUUUUAUAAAAAUUUCAAAACUACUGAAUCCUCUAUUGUGGGUUAGCCUUCAAAAAUAAGAUGUUAAAAUAACUUCAAUUCUUAUUACAUGUAAUCAAUUUUUUUAAAAUAAUUAUAUCUCAUUUUUUCCUAAUCACAUAUCAUUUUCAUAUUAGUUUAAUUUCUUUUUUUAUAAAAAGUGUGCAUAGGCUAUGAAUACACUUUUCAGAGCAUGUUUUACCAUUUUAAAUCUUUGGCUUAUUGCGCAUGUAUGUAAUUAUUUGAAUGGAUGUAGAUCUAGAUACAGAUUACAGUAGUGUUUAUUUUAGAAGAUUAACCUCUUAAAUCACUUAUAGUAAGCUUGAAUUUUUUUUUGUUUUUGUGUGUAGUAGGAUUAUAAAAUGUGUACCAAUUCCUCUUAAUGUAACCAAUAACAUUGGCAGAAUAUGGAGGGGCUUCUCCACCCUACACUUACCUCUUCUUCCAGAUGAAUAAAAUGUGAAUAUUUUUUAAGUUAACACUAAAACUCUUUUGUCAUAAUAAUUUCACAUCCUGAAAAUGCUGCUACUGAUAUUUAACAAUCAUUAACUGCAACAGGAUAAUUUUUUAUUUUUUUUUAAAUCAGAUCGUCAGAGGAGGUAUUUGCCUUGUUUAUUUCCAUUGCAUUUUCGAUUGAUGCUUUCAAGAAUUGUGCCAAAAGUAGGUUGAGGUAUAUAUAUUUCUUAUAUUUUUUAUGGUUAAAAAUAAAUGAAAAUGUAUUUGGAAAAAAAAUAAUUCUAACACAGUGUCGAAUUAAUUUUAGGUUUAAAUUAAUGUCAAAAAUUGCUGUACAAAUUAAAAAUUAUAUUCCAACAUCAGAUUUUGAACAGUAUUACUGUGAUGAGAGUUUGAUCAGCAUGAAAAAUUUGACAUCCCAAGUCAACUUUUCUCUUGCAAGCAGUGAUCUUUCUGAGCCAUCCAGAUGUGCAAAAGAAAUAAGCCUGCUAUACCUUCUUCUACUGCUUGGAACUGUAUGGCUUGGAGUAAGUCUCUUCACAUUUAAAAACACGUGAGUUCAUAGAACCAAUAUAUUUAUUAACAAUGGGAGCUAUAUUAUAUACAGUGGUGCUAAAUAAUAGUAGCAAUAGUGCUAAUUUUUAGUAGAUUUUUAUAUUCGGUCACACCUUGGAAUGAAAAUUUAGGAUUGAAGAAACUUAUUCUUUAAGAUUAAAAAAAAUAAUAAUAAUUUAUAUUCUUUGCUGAUUAAUACACUUAAUAAAAAUGGAAAAAAAAAAGUAAUAAACAGCAGACUAAAAUUAUGUGGUUAUGGCGUGUUAAAAACUUCAGACUGUGCUCCCUUAAUUUGGGUAAAAACGAAACAAGAUUAGGUGAGCCUUGCUUGACAUUAGGUAAUGGGACACCUCAAAAUUCACAUUGAAAUUUUGCAAAAAAAGAUGUAUAUAAUGGAGCUAAGCAGCCUGUGUAAAUUGAUACUCGGGUCUAUACUUAAUACAAUAUUUCACAAAUUUUCUCAAUAUUAUUUGAUUUAUUUCAUAAAUUCCUUUUGUUUAAGUGAAACAAUAAGUUUUUGAACAAUGAUAAUUGGUAAUCAAAGAAACCCUGAAAUGCGAUGCAUUAAUUUUUUAAAAAGAAUUAAAAAUGGCUUUUCAUUAUAUUACAUUAUAUUUUUUAGGUCCUAUUUGAAUGUCACUGUCAGAGAACUGAUGUCUGAUUACUCACUGCCAGUUGCUGUAAUUGUCAUGUCAUUCAUUGGUUCUUUUCUCUUCAGAAAAGUAGAAGGUACAUAAUAGAUGCUAUUUUAAGUUUCAUUGAUCAUACUGUAGAUAACAUAAAAUGUAUUUAUUGAUCUAAAUAAAUGGAUGUUUAAUCUGAUUUCAAAGCACAUAUUAUUUUCAGUCUUGAAAGUCUUUGUAUGAGAUUUUUUUAAAUUAGCAUGUAGCAGGGUAUCGGAAGAUGAUGAUAGGAAAGAACUAUAAAUGUUUGAAACACUCUUUGUCCAUGAAGUUCAAAAAGUUUAAGAUCAAAGCAAUGUAUUCCUAUUAAACAUCUUUCAAAAUGUCCUAAUGCAAGCACAAAACAUAGUCAUAACUGAGAGCAUGAUUUGAAUGAGAAAAAUAGGUAGAGGGAUGAUAAUUAAACAUUUAAGUAGAGGGGAAAAAUGACUGAAAAAUAUCUUAUUAAUCUUAAAAAAAUAAUAUUAAAUACGUUUAAAGAUUGACAACUCUAAAAAUCAUCUUUUAAAAGUUGUUGCUCUGAUCUGGAAAUCAUCUUAGAGUAAUCAUUUUUAGAAUCUCUUUCAUGUUAAAAGUGUUGAAAAGUUUCCAGCCAACAAACGAUGAAACCUUUUUCACAUGGGUUGAUUUGACGAGGCUUCCAUGGGGAGGAGUGCUGGCCGCCUGUGGCCUGGGGUUUUGUUUGUCACUGCUGUUUUUCAUGGACCAGAACAUUUCAGCAGCUCUCGUCAAUGCCCCACACAAUAGGUCAGGUAGUUAAGUUGUACUUUUUAAAAAGUGUCUAUUGGAACUUUUUUUUUUUUAAAACUUAGUUUAUUACUAUUAUAUUGAAGUUUAUAUAUCUCAGUGUAUGGAUAAUAAUAUGCUCAUAAAUUCUAUACACUCCUUUAUAAAAUUCUAUAGUUAAAAAUCCACUGGCUGCUUGACCAGGUAUUAGGAAACAGAAAUGAUAAAAUGUUAAAUUAUAAUUAUAUUUUAGGUCCACUAAAGGAGACUCCUUUUUUAAAAUUGUAUUAAUUAUUGAGGGUAUGGUGGGAAGGGGUAGGGUUGUCACACUGACAAAUCACAACACAAAUAGCUAUUAGUUAUGAGUGAACAAUGCGGGUCUCUGGGGGGCCAUUAUGUUGGGUGCCAAGGCAGUUGGGAUACCAACAAAUUUUAAUUAGAAUCUUUUCUCCUCCCUUUUCUCAUAUUGAAAAAGGAAGCCCUUAAGAAGUCUGCCAUCAAUGAGGCUAAGGUGAAACUAAAUAUUUAUGUAAAUUCAUACAUAACACUACAUGUGUAAUACAAGUUUAAGUUAACUAUUUUUGGUAAAGUCUGUGAUAAUGGUGACAUUAAAAUCAAAUCAUUUUAAUGAGUCAAAGCAGAUGGACCGUAAAAUUUAUAUUUAAAUUUUUUUUUAAAAUUUAGAACCUUCAACUUUAACUUUGUUGUAGUAAUUACAAGUUAAGAUAUUUCAUUCAACUUAUUUAUAGAAAAUAUAUUUGAUAUCAGGUUGAAAAAAGGAAGUGCCUAUCACUGGGAUCUGUUUGUUAUAGCAGCAAUCAAUGUUGUCCUGUCUAUGUUGUGUUUUCCAUUGGUGCAUGCUGCUCUGCCACAUUCACCGCUUCAUGUUGUUGCGUUGACCGACGUCGAGAUAAAGGAAGAAAAUGGACAUGUAUAUCACUGGUUAGUAUUCAUGUCAGUAGUCAACUAACUCAGUUUAAUUUUGAUAUGGUCCUCCAGUGAUAAAUAAUUGAUCAUCUUAUUAAGUUUACCAGCAAUGCAGAAUUUAUAUAAUUAUAAAUACCCUUUCCUCUGUUUAAAUAAGAAAAAAAUAGUAAUUUCCCAUUCAAUAUGUACAUAUAUCAUUCAUCUUUGUUUAAGCAAUGAGGUUUUCCUUAAAAACAAAAUUGUGCCUUAACUUUCUAAGGAUAUAAUUUAUUAUAAGCAUACACACAUGUAAUUAUUUUUGACAGUGUUGUGAAAGUUAGAGAGACGAGAAUCACCAGUAUUGUCUCCCACACUUUGAUAGGACUCAGUCUGUUGAUUUUGUCCAUACUAGCCUACAUUCCUACUCCUGUGCUCUAUGGCCUGUUCCUGUACGUGGCUAUUACAUCAUUGUUUGGUAACCAGAUUUUUGAGAGGAUUCAGUUAUUCUUCACAGAGAAAGUAUGUUCAUUAUUUAAACACAAUACUCUUUUUUUUUUAAAAAUACAAUUAAGUGUUGCGAUGUGUAAAUCAGUUUUAUUACGGUCUUUAGAGAAUAUUUAAAUAUUAUAAAUAUUAUGUUUAUUGUUGUUUUCUCUGUCAAUGCUAAAAUUAGUACCAGUGAAAAUGUCCCCAUAAUUGAUUUUUCUUUUCAUUUUGUUGUUUGGUUUUGAGUAAAAACUUAAAUAUAUGAUUCUGUUUAAACCUUAAAAAACAAGAAUGAAGAAUUUAUUUCAAAUAAAUACUGCUAUCCAUGUUUCAUAAUCUCUUAUUUAUUUGAAAGGCAGCUUAUCCACCAAGGCCAUACAUAAGCAUAGUGCCACAUAAGAAACUUCACAUGUUCACUGGUCUCCAGCUGGUACAACUGGCAGUUCUCUGCAUUGUUGGCUUCACACCAUAUCCUUACCUCAAGAUGUUCUUCCCUGUUUUCAUUUUCUUUCUCAUCCCCAUUAGGUAAGUUUGUGUAUGAUAAAAAACUAUUUUGUCACUAUUAUGACAUUUUUAAAAAAUAUAAUUGUUUUUCCUAAAAUUUAAAAGAGGAAAAUUUAAUCCCUUUCAUUAAAAAAUAAAAAAAUUUCACUAGAUUCUGUGUUUAUGAAUGUUAUCAUGUUUUUCACAUGUGCUAAAAAUGUAAUGACUGGUCAUAUUUUCCACAUUAUUAAUGAGCUAAAACAAUAUCCUCUCAUAAAAACCUGUAUUUUUACCUUCUUUUAGGUUUUUUAGAUUCAUACAAUUACCAGAUUAAAUUUCUUAAUUUAGCUACUGUUUAUAUCAGGUUGGCAACCAAAGGCAUGUGUGCCCAACUUGGCACAUCGUUUCAACAGCACAUGGAAGAUCAAAAUAUAAUACUUAUUUUAAGAUACAGUAGAGCAAGAAGAUUACUGAAUAAGUUAUGGGCAUGCUAAACUAAUUAUAAAUCCUGCUCUGGAACAAUAUUACCUAAAGGUUGCGAAACCCUGGUUUAAAUAAUUGCUAUUAAUAAACAAAUAAAUAGCUAAACCAACAAAAACUUUAUUUUUUGUAUAUGUCCAGGCAUAAACUCAUUCCUAAAGUUAUUGAACAGAAGUACCUGAAUGCUUUAGAUGGACUUUAGACUGGCAAACCUUCACUGGGAAGGAUUACACAAAUUCAAGGUAAUUAAAAUGUAUGCUAUAUCAAUCACUAUGGUAACUCAAGUUGGGAUUCCACAUCUGUAAUUUACUUUAAUAAAUUAUUGUAGCUAUUUGGACACUAAAGUGUUUGGACUAAAACACAAAAGACAAUAACCCCCUCGUUUUUGAAGAUAGAAACUCUGUAAAUUACAAAAUUUUUCUUGGAAAUAUAAUUUUACACAAAAAAAGUUGAUAUAUAAUUUUUUUUAACAAUACUGAAACGUAAUAUGCACAUUUGUAUGAAAUAUAUAUAUUGAUUAGGCUACAUUUACAAAGUAUUGAAAACUGUAACAGAAAAUUCAGUUUGACUUCUUCUAUUUAAAAAAAAAAAAAAAAUCUUAUUUUUAUUAAUUCUUUUUAAAAUCUUAUUUUAUAUAAUCUCUGAACACUUCAUAUUCAGUUGGGUAAUGGGGUAUUGGAUGUGGUAUUUUAAAUAUUUAUUUUAUUAGCUAAAUUUACAAAAUAUUGAAAACUGUAACAGAAAAUUCAGUUUGACUUUUUCUAUUUAAAAAAAAAAAAAAAAAUCUUAUUUUUAUUAAUUCUUUUUAAAAUCUUAUUUUAUAUAAUCUCUGAACACUUCAUAUUCAGUUGGGUAAUGGGGUAUUGGAUGUGGUAUUUUAAAUAUUUAUUUUAUGAUCAGUAAAUUAAGGCAAUACUAUGAUUUAUAAAGAAACACCCCAAUUAGAUAUAGGUUUAGAAGUAAGGAUUUGUUCACUCAAUGUAUGUCUAUAAAUUUGACUGUAAAUGUGAAGUUAAUGAGUAAGUCUUAUAUGUAACAUAUUAGAUUCAAGACCAGCAUGGAAUGUAUAACUAUUAAAAGUAUUAUUGUAAAAUAAUUUUUUUUUUAAACUCUGUAAUAUUCCAGUUUUAUCAGUGACUGAUUAGUUAAUGCAGAGAGUUUUCCUUUUCCAAUACAACUUUUUACACUAUACUAGAAAGGUUUUUUUAGAACUUUAACUGCCUUAUUUAUGAUGCUACUGCAAUAUUGAUGAAAUCUUAUUAUCUCUAAAAAAAAAAUAUUUAUAUAAAGAUAUAUAUUCAAUAAUUAUCUAUUUCUAUUAAUUAAAACAAAUAAUUUCAAAUACUUGAUUAGAAUUUAAAAAAGGUAUAAUUCUGUUGUUUUAUUUAUAUCAUUUUGAGGUUAAAAUUAAAUUUUGCUUGUUACAUUAAAAAAAAAGAUAUUUGAAAUGUUGGUAUGCUAAUACAAGUUUAUAUGAACAUUUCAAUCUAAUAAAUGUUUUUCAGUGACAUGAAACAUAUUUCUUACUUGUAAUCCAAUAUAUAAUGUAAGUUGUUAACUAUAUAAUGAGGCAGACCUGUGGACAUAUAUAAGGUAGCUUACUUACUUCAGAUUCUUAUUCCUUUCAUCUAAUCAACCUUUAUAACGUCAGGGUCCUCAACAAGCUUAUUGUGAAUCUGCAUCAAGCCCUUGAAAUACUUGACAGUCCUGACACGCAGCUCAAUUGUGGUGUCCUUGUUUCAGAGAAAUAUGGUGUGGGGAUGCUGCUGGAAGGCAGAGACGGUCCACAUGUGGUUUACCCCCACUUCAAUGGCCUUGUGCAGGGUGAAGGCUUUGUGUGCUCCAGUGAUCAAGAUCAUCACCUGUGACAGGCCAGAUAAUCAUACAGUACAGUGCAAGGUUUAUUGAAUACAAAAAAACAUUGCUAAAUUUAAUAUUUUUUUUAAACUAACCAUAAAAAAAUGUGCAGUAUGUUCUCAUCUUUAAAAUUAUCAUUUCUUAAAAGCUGGACAACUUUGAUUUUUUUCUCCAUAGGUACAUGCCAGGAAUAGCAUUAAAAAAAUAAUAUUUUUAAUAAAUCAUUAAAAAUGUAAAAGCUGGACAAGAUCCAGGUGUAUGGUACAAAAAUAAAAAUUAGAAUAUGCAGUGCUUCAUAAUAUAGAUUUUAAUAAAUAUUUAAAAGAAAUUACUAUAGCACAACUACAUGGAUUAUGUUUUUUAACAUAUAAAAAAAAAAUUAAAAUCAACAAGGCUAUAAUUAGGCUCAAACUAGAAUUUAACAAAUAAAAUAAAAGCAAAGAUUUAUGCUUACUGUAAAACAUUGCAAACAAUUAACUGUUGAUGUGAUCAAGAGAAGCUAGCAAUAACAAUGAGAAUUACCUCAUCAGCAUCCAUGACCGUACCCACACCCACAGUGAGGGCCUGAGUUGGAACUUUCUUUAAGUCAUUGCUAAAAAAUCUGGCAUUGGCCAGAAUGGUAUCCUGUGCCAGGGUCUUGACCCUUGUCUUAGAUACAAAACUUGAUCCGGGCUCAUUGAAAGCUAUAUGGCCAUCAGGCCCAAUACCUGUGAUAACGAACACAAGUGUUUAAAAUCUUCUUAAAUAAAACCAGUUAUAUUUUUAAAAGGUAGCUAUUGCUAGUAAAAAAAUAAACUGUGGUGUAAUGGUAGCAUUUAUGUCUGCCUCCUAUAAUAACCAAGAGGAUAUAGUUUCAAAUUUGUUCAGGGUCGUAAGCAACUUCAACUAUGGGCCUACCAUGUUACCAGGUGUAGAUGACUCAAUGGC